AAAACAAAGACGCAAAUGUGCAGUAAAUAAAUGUAUUCACUUAUAUCAGCUUAGUAAAUAUAGAUUGCAUUGAAUAGCAAAAAUGAAUGUUGGUAACUAUCCAACACCGUACAAUACCAUGAUUGCUAUCAUUCAAGGAAACUCAACAAUCGUCAAGGAAAAUAUAAAUUCCUUCGGAUUAUCAUAUGACCCCUUAUGGCUAGAUGGUUAUGAACUUCUCUGCAUUGCUAUUGAAAAUAAACAAUUUGAAAUAAUGGAAUUUCUCCUUGAAAAAAAUGUGCCCGUAAACAUCAGCAACAAAAAUUACCACAAUACUCCACUGCACUUGGCAGUGAUGAAUGAAGACGAUAAAAUUGUCAAAAUUUUGCUGGACAGAGGUGCGGAUAUUAAUAAAGAAAAUUUAUUCCGCAUUAAUCCACUCGACCUAUUAAUGCAAGAAACAAACGAAAAAAUACUUGAAUUAUUUAUUGACCAUAUAUCUGACACCAACAUCAAAGACUCUGUUUACAUAAGACUGUUGAUCGAUUUAUUGGAUAAAAAUCGUACGGAACUCGUAGAAAAACUUUUGAGUAAAUGUCUUACAAUUAACAUCAACGAAGCAAUGAGUACAAUUAAUUUUUUAUGUAAAGCCGCGAAAAAAGGAUACUAUCGAAUCGUAGAAAAACUAUUGGAACGCGGAGUCGAUGCUAAUGUAGUUGAUAACACAGGCUACAGAUCAGACACUGCAUUAUACAUCGCCUGUGAAAAAGGUUAUCUAGGAAUAGUCAAACUUUUACUGGACAAUGGAGCUAUUGAUAGUUUAGAUACGAUAUCUAAUGAAGAUAAUCAAAAUUUAUUCUAUUAUCCUCUUCAUAUCGCCAUUGCCAAAGAAAAGUACCAAAUCGUUAAAUGUCUUCUUGAGUACGGAGAUAAACCUGACAAAUUAUAUUUAGAUAAUAAUGAAGAAUAUUCAGCUUUACAUUUAGCUUGUGAAGAAAAUAAUAUUGAAAUAGUUAAAUUACUCGUUGACAAAGGAGCUGAUGUUAACAUAAAAAAUAGUAGAGGCAUGAUGCCAAUCGCGCGAGCUAAAUUUUACCACGGAAAAGAUAUUUUUAAUUAUCUUAUAAAUGAUAAAAAUUUUAAACUAGACUUAAAUAAUUUCGUAUCUCUUUUAUACGAUGCAAUAUCAGAUGAAGAUGUUGACAAAGUUAAAUUGAUUUUACAACAUUUGGAUGCCAAUUUAUAUUUGAAACAUAAAAUAGACAUCAAUACUUUGAGAAACUCUGAGGGCAUUUCGAUUGUUUAUAUUAACAGCAUUAUUGGUGAUGAUGGAAUUGAUGAAAUUAUGAACCUUUUUGUUGAAUACGGAGUGGAUGUCAAUGCAAAAAAUAAAUCGGGUAGAACUUUGCUUCAUGUGGCGUUUCGGUACAGAAAAGCUGCGUCAAUUGUCGCGCUUUUGAAAAAUGGCGCGGAUAUUAACGCGACAUGUAACAAUGGGUAUACUUGUCUUGAUUAUGCUCUGGAUAAAAAAUUAUUUAAAAAUCGUUAUUGUGACCAUGAUGUUGAGUCUGGUUUAUGGCAGGUAGCUCCUGAUAAACGCAGAGAAAUAGUUGAUGAAUUUAUGGAGCAUAUUAUUAAAAUGAAAUUUUUAAAUUUGUAUGUAAGUGAAAAAAAUACCAAGCAUUUUAUAAAUCUUUCGAAAAAACCAGUCCGCCAUUCGAAGAGAUACAAAAAAGAAGUUGAAAAUAUGAAACGUGAAAUGAUAGCGGAUAAUAUAAGUUAUUAUGAUUUUGUAACUGCCGAUUCUUAUCGAUUGAUGAUGUAUUUAAAUAAAGAUAAAAUUUUUGAAACACUCAGAUCUGAAAGUUACGCAUCUAAAUUUCCGCUGUAUGCAAUCAUUAUCAGUGGCUGUUUCAAAAAAGGUCUUACGAGAAAAAAAUUAUUUAAUGAAGCUUUUGAAUAUUCUGUUUUUAAUAUUAUUCGAAGUUUACCGUAUCCUUGCAUGAGAUUAAUUAUGGACUAUUUUAGUAACACUGACUUGAGAGAAUUAAUAACUAAAUGUAAAUAU